UGCUAGAGAAGGAGGGGGAGUAGCCAGGCGGUUUCACCUGCGUGUUUCCUUCCCAGAAAGGGCUAGGGCCUGGUUGUUGUUUGGGGAACAGCCAGGGUGGGUGUGAAAGGCUACAGCCAAGCUUGCGCUAGAAGGCGCGGCUAAGUGAGGGGGGAAGCCAAGCAGCCGGGGUGGGGGUGGUUAGCAACGUUUGUCCCUAGCCGGGGAGCAGUGUAGCCCCCGCUAGGGACUCUGCUUUCCUCCUCCCCCUUGGCGGUGCCUGGCUCCCGCGGCAGGAAGGGGAGGCGGAAGAAAGGGGAAGAAGCUCCAGGCAGGCCGGGGGAGGGAGGAGCAGUCCCGGGGGGAGGCGGCAGACGCACAAGAUGGCCCCUGCUGCAGAGGCAGCAGUAGCAGCCGGUCGUGGGGAGGAGGUGGCGGCGGCCAGGCGGCCUCUGCUGCCGGUGCUGGAGGCGGUGGUGGCGGCGGCCAGCCCCGUGUCCCGGAGCUGAGAAAAGCUGUUGCUGCUGGGAGCCCAGCCGUGCGGAUAUGUUUCCCACUCUGUGCUGGCUGUCUGUACUUACAGAAGAUAUUUAAAAACAAACAUUUUUGUCAAAGAUUUUGAUUCCAGUGGAAUCUGUGCUUUUGAUUUUGUCUUGUGAAUUAACUUCUGAAACAAUGCCUGUACAAGCUCCACAAUGGACGGAUUUUCUCUCCUGCCCAAUUUGCACACAAACUUUUGAUGAAACGAUCCGGAAGCCCAUCAGCUUGGGCUGCGGCCACACUGUCUGCAAGAUGUGCCUCAACAAGCUCCACCGUAAGGCAUGCCCCUUCGACCAGACCACUAUCAAUACAGAUAUUGAUCUCCUCCCUGUGAACUCAGCCUUGUUGCAGCUAGUGGGUGCUCAGGUUCCUGAGCAGCAGCCAAUUACUUUGUGCAGUGGAGCAGAAGACACCAAACAUUAUGAGGAGGCCAAGAAAUGUGUGGAAGAACUAGCAUUGUACCUCAAACCACUCAGCAAUGCAAGAGGUGUGGGUCUGAACAGUACCACUCAGAGUGUGCUAAGUCGCCCCAUGCAGAGGAAGCUUGUAACGCUAGUUCACUGCCAGCUAGUAGAGGAAGAAGGGCGGAUCAGGGCCAUGCGUGCAGCACGGUCACUGGGUGAAAGAACAGUCACAGAGCUCAUUCUUCAACAUCAAAAUCCCCAGCAACUCUCUUCCAACCUCUGGGCUGCAGUGAGGGCCAGGGGCUGCCAGUUCCUUGGGCCAGCAAUGCAAGAGGAAGCACUGAAGCUGGUUCUGCUGGCUCUGGAAGAUGGAUCUGCUUUGUCACGAAAGGUCUUGGUUCUCUUUGUGGUGCAGAGAUUGGAGCCACGAUUUCCUCAAGCUUCUAAAACCAGCAUUGGGCAUGUUGUCCAGCUUCUUUACAGAGCCUCCUGUUUCAAGGUGACUAAACGUGAUGAGGACUCCUCCCUGAUGCAGUUGAAGGAGGAGUUUCGUACCUAUGAAGCUCUGCGAAGGGAACAUGAUUCCCAGAUUGUGCAGAUUGCCAUGGAAGCAGGUUUACGCAUUGCACCGGAUCAGUGGUCCUCGCUGCUAUACGGCGAUCAGUCCCACAAAUCCCACAUGCAGUCCAUCAUUGACAAGUUGCAGACCCCAGCCUCAUUUGCACAGAGUGUUCAAGAACUAACCAUUGCUCUCCAGAGGACUGGAGACCCAGCCAACCUGAACCGGCUUCGACCUCACCUAGAGCUCUUGGCAAAUAUUGACCCUAGUCCAGAUGCCCCACCCCCAACAUGGGAACAACUAGAAAAUGGAUUAGUUGCUGUGAGGACAGUGGUACAUGGACUAGUUGAUUACAUACAGAAUCACAGCAAGAAAGGAACAGAUCAGCAGCAGCCUCCUCAACACAGCAAGUAUAAGACAUACAUGUGCCGAGACAUGAAGCAGAGAGGAGGGUGUCCCCGUGGAGCCAGCUGCACCUUCGCACAUUCACAGGAGGAAUUGGAAAAAUUUCGUAAAAUGAACAAACGCCUGGUUCCCAGAAGACCCCUGAGUGCCUCCUUGGGCCAGCUAAAUGAGGUGGGCCUGCCUUCAGCAGCUAUCCUCUCGGAUGAAGGGGCAGUGGACUUGCCCAGUAGAAAAUCCUCUGCCUUGCCGAAUGGGAUUGUGUCUACGGGCAGCACAGUGACGCAGCUUAUCUCCCGAGGGACCGACUCCGGCUAUGAUUCUGCUCUGAAGCCAGGGAAGAUCGACCACCUUAGCAGCAGUGCCCCUGGAUCCCCUCCUGACUUGCUGGAGUCUGUCCCCAAGAGCUCUAUUUCUGCCUUACCAGUGAACCCCCACCCUGUGCCCCCGAGAGGACCUACAGACCUGUCUCCAAUGUCCAAGCAACUCCAAAUGGUACCACGAGGGUCACAGUUGUAUCCUGCUCAACAGGGAGAUGUGUUUUAUCAGGAUCCUAGAGGAUCUGCCCCACCAUUUGAGCCGUCACCUUAUCCACAAGGUGUGUACUAUCCUCCUCAGUCCUCACAGUGCAUGUCUCGUUUUGUCCGACCUCCACCAUCUGCUCCUGAACCUGGUGGUCCUUACUUAGACCAUUACCCACCCUACCUUCAGGAUCGUAUGGUGAAUUCGCAGUACGGCACACAGCCACAGCAGUAUCCUCCCAUGGGACAACCUAUGUACCAACAUUAUGAGAGCCGGCGUGUGUACCCCUCUGCCCAACCAUACCAGCGGGAAGAGAUUGUUCGAGGAAGCCCUGUGCCCAUUGACAUUCCACAUGGAGCUGCACCUCCCUACGUACCUGAAUCCAGAGACCGAUACCAGCAAGUGGAGGGUUAUUAUCCCGUGGGUCCACAUCUCAAUCAGAUCAGACCAUACCACAGAGAGCCUUAUAACAGACUUCCACCUCCAUCUCAAACCCAUCCCAGCCUGGAUGAGCUUCAUCGCCGAAGGAAGGAAAUCAUGGCCCAGUUAGAAGAAAGGAAGGUGAUCUCCCCACCUCCCUUUGCACCAUCACCAACUUUGACUCACCCCUUCCACCCAGAGGAGGUUUUUGUUUUUGUACAGUACUCGGAUGAAGACCUGAAGGUAGCUGGGAAAUACAAAGGAAAUGAUUAUAGCCAGUACUCUCCUUGGUCGUGUGACACCAUUGGCUCCUACAUUGGAACCAAAGAUGCAAAACCCAAAGAUGUUGUGGCAGCAGGGAGUGUAGAGAUGGCGAACAUAGAUAGUAAAGGCAUGCGUGACCAGCGGUUGGACUUACAGAGAAGGGCAGCAGAAGCUGGGGACGAUGACCUCAUCCCAUUUGGUGACCGGCCAACUGUGUCAAGGUUUGGGGCCAUCUCUCGUACUUCCAAAGCGAUGUACCAGAGUUCUGGCCCCAUGCAGGCCAUGGCGGUACAGGGAGCUUCCACCAAAUCUAUCAACAUUUCAGAUUACAGUCCGUAUGGAACUCAUGGCGGCUGGGGAGCUUCUCCAUAUUCACCCCACCAAAACAUACCUUCUCAGGGACGCUUCAGUGACAGGGAGAGAUUGUCCAUGUCAGAUGUGGCCAGUCAUGGGAAACCCUUGCCGUCAGCUGAGAGGGACCAGCAGCUCAGGCUGGAACUGCAGCAACUAAACCAUCAGAUCAGCCAGCAGACGCAGUUACGAGGACUGGAGGCUGUUAAUAACAGGCUGCUGUUGCAGAGGGAGGCGACCACCCUGGCAGGCCAGCCACAGCCGCCACCUCAUAAAUGGCCUGCAAUGAUCUCAAGUGAACAGCUGAGUAUGGAACUGCACCAGGUGGAAAGGGAAAUCGGGAAGAGAACCCGUGAGCUGAGCAUGGAGACCCAGUCUUCACUGGACAUGAAAAGCAACCUGGGCACCAAUAAACAGACAGAAAAUGGACAACUAGAACCACAAAGCAAGGUUCCAGCUGAGGACCUCACACUGACAUUCAGUGAUGUUCCAAAUGGAUCAGUCUUGACACAAGAGAACAUCAGCCUCCUGUCAAACAAGACCACAUCUCUGAACCUGUCAGAGGACCCAGAGGGGGGAGGAGACCAUCAGGACUCCCAGAGAACAGGAGUUGCACCCACCUCUUCUCCAUGAAGUGAGGAAAGCAUCCCCCCAGAGUUUCUAUUGGGGAGAAGGAGUUGGUAGCUUCCAUCACACUUCCCUCUAAAGGUAGUCAGAGAAAUGCAGGAGCAGCAGCAGCAGGAGGUCCGGAGGCAAUGUGCACAAACACCACUACUAGAAACAAACCCUGCACAUAGUUCACAUUAAUGCGUUUUUUAAUUAAAAAAAAUUAGCAGUAUCUGCAAGCAAUUCAGAUUAAAUUUGUUUUUGUUCUGUGAAUGAACUUUAUUUUAAUAACUUCGGACGCCUUGGAUCCAGGGCUUUAAAAAAAAGAUAUUAUAUAUAUAUACUCUGUUUGAUUAAUUGUAUGAUCUUAAUGAAGUAGGUUUUUUUCUUUUACUUUGGUAUUAUUACAUACCCAGUGUAUAAUUCCUUACCACCUCCACUCCCUUUCACCUCAGAACAACGUCAGCCGCCUCCUUGUAUGAAUUUAAAGGUGAAUGAGGGAUGUAGGAUGGAGGGAGGCUAUUAAUUGCAGUGUCAGAAAACAUGCAGCAAACAUCAGUAGGUUUUUAAAAUGAAUUUCUUGUAACUAGGAGUUCUCUUCAACGCCUACAAUACCUUUCUACUUAUACCCAUUGACUUUUAGCCACAGUUGAUGCAAUCGUCUCAGCUCAGUGAAAGCAUUCCAUAAUAUCCAUCCCACUGCAGCAUGUAUCCCCACGGCUAUUAUUUAAGCAGUAGCAAAGAGAGUGGUGUAUGCACAUUACAUUUAUUUAACUAGGAACUGAUAUGACAUUGUAUUUUGUGGUUGGGAUUAGAGUUCAGCAAAGGACAGAGGGCCUCAACUAGUUGAGACCUGUAUGUUUCAGACUUCCAGGAGAAAUUGAAGAAGUUAGUUGUCCGGCGCCUGAGCUGCUUGGCCAACCAGCAGUUGUCACUGAGCAACAUGACAGAGGCACCAAAAAGUUUCCAUCCCUUGCAAUAGGAAGGUAAAAAAAAGAGUGAGAACACAGAUUUUAAGGAAGGAAAAUAACUGAGAACUAGCUUGCAAAGACCCU